AUUAGCUCUGGAAUCAGGGUCAUGUCUGAAGAUCAGCAACACAGCGGAGAUGUGACUCUAGUGCAAUCCCAGUCACACCCACAUCGGCAGCAGCUCACAUACCCCGACAGUCUGAGGCCAGUGCGCGUCUGUGCGUGUGCGCUCCUGCUACUCCUGCCGCUGCUUCUCUGUCUCCUCUCCUCCUCCCCUGGGUUGUUGCAGCAGGAGGAGCAGCUGAUGUUUGUGUGUGGGGAGCCCCCUGUACGACAGCCAAGCCGCGGGACUCAUAAACAGGAGCUCGGCGAGUGAAGGAUCCCUGAGAAAAGCGAGCGGCACCUGUUUGGAGCAAGAAUGUUAUCGCUCUCCCCAUCUCCUAACGGCGGCGUCAGGUAGUUUCCCCCAGGUCUCUAAUGUGGAACUGAUGUAUAUCAAUUCAGAAGACUAUUACAGAAAAUGAUGCCAUGGAUUUCCUCCGAAGAGUCCUUGAUUACUUCUUUUGGGUAAAUGAGGAGUAGCCAUGUUAUUAUGCUGACAUCUAAGCAUGAAUUUGGUAGACCUGUGGCUAACACGCUCCCUCUCCAUGUGUCUGCUCUUACAAAGCUUUGUUCUAAUGAUACUGUGCUUUCAUUCUGCCAGUAUGUGUCCCAAAGGCUGUAUUUGCUCUCAUACAGGAGGCUUAAAUGUCAGUUGUAGUAACGCGAAUCUCAAGGAAAUACCUAGAGACCUUCCCCCUGAAACAGUUUUACUCUACCUUGACUCCAAUCAAAUAACCUCAAUCCCUAAUGAAGUUUUUAAGGAUCUCCAUCAACUUAAAGUUCUCAACUUAUCAAAGAAUGGAAUUGAAUUUAUAGAUGAGCACUCUUUAAAAGGUGUCGCGGAAACCCUGCAAACUUUGGACCUGUCAGACAAUCAGAUUCAGAGUGUUCAUAAGAACGCCUUCAGUAACUUGAAAGGAAGGGCCAGGAUUGCAAACAACCCGUGGCAUUGCGACUGUACUCUACAGCAAGUUCUGAGGAGCAUGUCUUUAAACCAUGACACAGCUAGUAAUGUAAUCUGCAAAACUUCUGUACUGGCUGAACAUGCCGGACGGGCUUUCUUUACACAUGCUAAUCAUGCAGACCUUUGCAAACUUCCAAAAAAGACUACUGAUUAUGCCAUGUUGGUCACUAUGUUUGGCUGGUUCACCAUGGUGAUAUCCUAUGUGGUAUACUAUGUAAGGCAAAAUCAGGAGGAUGCACGCAGGCAUCUUGAAUACUUGAAAUCCCUGCCAAGCAGGCAAAAAAAACCUGACGAAGCUGAUGACAUUAGCACUGUGGUAUAGUAUCAAGUUAUAAAUAAAAAGACUGGGGUGGAAAUGGGUAACGGUUUGAAUAUCAUUAGAACGAAGUUUAGUUCUAAUUUAUUGCCGGAAAACCUCAAUGCCUUUCUAAAAUAUACAGUAGGUGAAUUUUACUGUCCAAGAACAAUACAAGUCAUCUUUCUUUAAAUCGUACCUAAUACGUCUUUGAAGGUAUUCCAGUCAAGUACAUUAUUUUGUAAGUAAUUCAGAUGCAUUUCACCAUUGAAUAAUGAAAUAUUUAUUUUUUUAAUUUUUAAGUAAAUAAAGGAUGAACCUUGAACUGUGUAAGACUUAGCAAUCUAUCAUUCUUUAAAAUGUGAUUAUAGACAGGGUUAAGCGAUUUAUUUUUAUAGGCUAGUAAUCAUUAUGAAAACAGAAAUUAUAUAUAUUGAUGUGUGU